AUGCUGGCCGUGGUGCGACUGCACCUUCCUUCUGAUAUCCCCAUUGUUGGCAUCGAACUCUCGCCGUAUGUUCUUAUUCGCCGCCCUGAUUCAACUGUUACUGCUGAUGAUAUUCCUGAAACCUCCCCUGUAGACGGCCAUUUCUUGCGCUACAAGUGGUAUCGUGUACAAAGUGAUAAAAAUGUUGCUGUAUGUAGUAUACAUCCAUCUGAGCCAGCCAAAUUACAGUGUCUAGCCUGUCUUAAGCCCCAAAUACCUGUUGCUAAAAGUUACCACUGCACCCCAAAGUGUUUUCGAGAUGCAUGGCCGCACCAUCGUGCCUUACAUGAGUGUGCUGCAAAUGCAGUUAAUGGAAAUGAGGACAAAUUUUGGCGGGUUAAUAAUUCUGUUUCAAGUGCUAACUUGACUAUUGGAUAUACACCUCCUAUAUAUCCAGCAGGUAUCAAACAUGGCGAUGAAACUUGGUUCGAAGUCGGACGGUCUAAGACUUAUACCCCAACUGCUGAUGACAUUGGUCAUGUUCUUAAGUUUGAAUGUUCUAUAGCUAGUACAGUGACAAAAUUACGUGUGGGGCAACCUAACACUUUAUUAACUAAUCGGGUCAUUACUGCUCCUUCACCUACUCCGCGUCAGCUGAUACAUGUUGAUGGGAUGGGGCAUUUAGGUCUAGAUAGGCGGCGGAGUUUUACUGUUAUGUCAUACAAGGUAUUGUCCGAGACAUGUGCCUCAAAUGAUCUGUAUAAUUAUUGCCCUCCAUGGGCACUUUCUUGGCCAUAUCGCAGGCAAAAUUUAUUACGGGAAAUUGUUGGUUACCAAGCAGACAUUAUUUGCCUUCAGGAGGUUCAAAAUGACCAUUAUGACGAUUUUUUUUCCCCUGAAUUAGACAAACAUGGCUAUUACGGUAUUUUCAAGAGAAAAACAACCGAGGUACUCGGUGGGAAAACACUUGAUGGUUGUGCAACAUUUUACCGCAGAGACAAAUUUGCCCAUGUGAAGAAAUAUGAGGUUGAGUUCAAUAAGGCUGCACAUUCUUUAACAGAAGCUGUGAUUCCAACCACUCAGAAAAAAAUUGCCUUGAAUCGACUGGUCAAGGAUAAUGUUGCACUAAUAAUGGUUCUAGAAAUGAAAGUUAACAAUCAAAUAGCUGAUAAUCUUGCGAAAAAACAACUUGUUUGUGUGGCAAAUACACAUGUGCAUGUCCAGCAAGAUUUAAAAGAUGUCAAACUUUGGCAGGUGCAUACUCUCUUAAAAGGGUUGGAAAAAAUAGCUGCAAGUGCAGACAUUCCAAUGUUGGUUUGUGGAGACUUUAAUUCGGUUCCAGGAAGUGCUCCUCAUGAACUUCUUGCACUGGGGAAGGUAGACCCAUCACAUCAUGAUUUAACAGUUGACCCACUCAAUAUUUUACACCCUCAUAGCAAGCUGGUUCAUCAGUUGCCACUGGUCAGUGCGUACACGGCUUUUGCAAGAACAGUUGGUGUUGCAUUGGAGCAGCAUAAAAAGAGACUGGAUAGCAGAAUAAAUGAACCUUUAUUCACAAGCAUCACUAGAGAUUUUGUUGGCACUCUAGACUACAUAUUUUACUCAGCGGAUUUAUUGACUGUAGCGUCGUUAUUGGAGUUAUUGGAUGAGGAGAGUUUGAGGAAGGACACUGCACUUCCUUCACCUGGAUGGUCCUCAGAUCAUAUAGCACUCUUAGCUGAGUUUCGCUGCCAGAAUAAGUCUUGGCAUUAA